AUGGCGUCUGGAAGGUCAGGACGCCGACAGUCUGUCUAUAAGAUCUUUGGGGCAACGUCAUCGUCGCCCGUCCUUUUGCAAGUCCAAAAAUGGAGUUCACGCGGAACGAAAACUCAAUUCAUCGCUUUUGCUCCACAGGUCAACCCAGGGCCCGCUGGAGUAUCUGAGUCCCAUCAAGGCCUAGCCAAAGAGACAACAGCACAUGAUGGCCGUCGUGGAGAACGUUCGUGUGUCAUGUUCAUGGAGAAUUUUAAACAAUGUCGUGAUUGCGAUGUCAUUGCCAUGGGCUUUAUCGAUGGAUCGGAGGUCGAUAUAUGCCGUCGAGCAAUACGUCUCGAGAAUCCCCAAACGACCAUCGUUCCUGUUCAACUAGAUUGA